AUGGCAUCAUCGAGCUGUGGGAAGUGCGAUCGUUUGGAUACGGAUGAUAUGAUAGCUUGCGAAUCAUGUUCGGCCCGGUUUCACAGUGACUGUGUGGAAGAGUCCCCAGGAGCGACCGGCCGAAAAUUUAAGUGCGAUGUUUGUCUUUCCAAGAAGACACGGAAAACCACUACUAAAAAGCCUUCCAAAGUUGGUGAUUCGAGUGCUAAUCUUCCGCCCACUCAAUCACUGGGCGCUAUCCGAGAAGUCUGUGGUAAUUUAGCCGUGCUUGUGGAUCCUGUUAUACCAAUCCCUCCAGUGAUGAGUGAAAACUAUCCCCGAACACCCGAUUGUGAUCAAGCCACGAUCAUCUCCCAAGGUCGUCAUACUGCUGACCUAAUGGAACUCGAUUUUGAUCAGGAGCUACAGAAAAUGAGGGACGAAAUGGAACGCAACGAGAGGAAAUUGGAGCAGGAACGGAUACUACGUGAGAAGCAGCUGGAAUUCAAGCGUCAGUAUGCCGAAAAGUGCCAAAAACAGGAGAAGCAGCUCCAACAAAAACAACUCGAGAUGGAGAAGUCCAUAUUAGCGAAGAAAUUAGCUGAUGAAAUGGAAUUCCAACAGCAGCAACGUGCACUCCGGGAAGAUUACGAGCGCGCCCGUAGUGAAAUGCUGUCGGUCAGCCAAGAAGAAGCUAUCGGUGGAUACGAUCCGAUCAAGGAACGAGAUGAUCUUUCUGGUGUCGAGAAAGUGAAAAAGUGGCUUCGGGAUGACGAACCAAAACAAAUCAACGAUGCGGUCAACCCACAUUCGGGUUAUAAAUUCGAUCGUCCAACGUACCCGAAGCCUCUUGCAGAAAAGGUACAGAAACGAAUUAUAUCUGACGAACAGUCCAGCGCCAGUGGAAUUGAUGAUUACUCCCCGAGAGCUGGUGUCGUGCAAUCCGUCGUUGAUCGCGAGCCGCAGCCAGGGCCAACAAGGGCACAGCUCGCUGCGCGUUCAGCUUUACUAAGAAAUUUGCCAACCUUCAGCGGCAAGCCAGAGGAAUGGCCGCUUUUUAUUAGCUCCUACAAAAAUUCAACCGAAGCUUGCGGUUUGUCAAACCAGGAGAAUUUAGUCAGGCUUCAAGAAUGCCUCAAAGGUCCCGCGCUUGAAUCCGUCCGAAGUCGACUGAUGCUGCCGUCGUCAGUACCGAAGAUUAUUCACAUGCUCCGUGAAGUGUACGGCCGGCCGGAGCAGCUUAUACACUCACUGCUUAGCAAAGUAAAACGAGCCGCUGCACCGAGGGUUGAUCGGCUAGAAACUUUCAUCCAGUUUGGAAUGGUUGUCCAGGAAUUAUGCGACCAUCUAGAAGCAGCUGAGCUCCACGAUCACCUGGUGAAUCCCACCCUGAUCCAAGAGCUAGUCGAGAAGCUGCCAGCAGCCACCAAGAGAGAGUGGGUCCAAUUCAAACGCGCCGAGGGGAGGACUACCCUCCGAACAUUCGCCGAUUUUACUUCAAAAAUCAUGUCUGAAGCUAGCGAAGUAACUUUGGUGGUGGAUCAGAAGUUUUCUGACUUCCGACUUAGUGACAGGCCUAGAUCAAAGGAAAAAGGUUUCCUUCAGGCGCAUUCCAGUGGAGCUGUGGGGAAUCCAUUCCCGGUACCAUCGAUUUGUCGAUUCUGCAGAAAAAAUAAUCACAGAAUCCGAAACUGUGAUGAUUUCCGAUCAUGUCCCCUGAAGGAAAGAAUCAGACUGAUGACCCAGUGGAAGCUUUGUGAGCGAUGUCUGAAUGAGCACGACGGAUGGUGCCGAUUCAAAAUUACGUGCAACGUAGGUUCCUGCCGUCAACAUCAUCAUCCACUAGUACAUCGUGAUUCCCGAGAACCCCUACCAGCAAGGCAACAUUCUGUGCGAUCAAUGGAUGAUUCUCCCGCUCAAUCUCCCAUGCCAAUGAACGCCCAUCAUCACACGAAAUUUCCCGUUAUUUUCCGAAUGGCUCCAGUCACUAUACACAACGGUAACCAUUCAAUAAAAACGAUGGCAUACAUUGACGAGGGUUCGUCAAUCACAUUGAUCGAAGACAACCUAGCACGAGAGUUAGAAUUGAAAGGCAUUCCCCAACCGCUGACUUUGCAGUGGACCGCAAACGUAGUUCGGCACGAAGCUCUCUCCGAAUGUGUCUGCGUAGAAAUUUCCGGCGAUGGAGGUGAUCGUUUCCAGCUGAGUGAUGCGCAUACAGUUAAGAAGAUGCACCUACCGAGCCAGCUGAUCGACUUUCAACAAAUUUCGAACCAGUAUCCACACUUGCGAGGUCUGUUUGCUGCUACCCACACAGGGGAAGAGCCACGAAUAUUAAUCGGAUUGAAUAAUGUUUUCUUGUUUGCGCCGCUCGAAUCACGAGUCGGUGAUCCGUCGGAGCCGAUCGCUGUCCGCUCGCAUCUGGGGUGGACAAUCUACGGGCCACGAAAGCCACAAGGUUCCUCUGUGUUUGUUGGCUGCCAUGACGAGAUGCGUGUUACGAAUCUAGACCUGCACGAUCAGAUUCGUACUUAUUUCCAAGCCGAUGAUUCGGGUUUUCUGGUGAAAGAGUUGCCGGAGUCCGACGAUUUGAAGCGAGCUCGUUCCAUCUUGAACUGCACUACCGUUCGAGUUGAUGGACGCUACGAGGUUGGUCUUUUGUGGGCAAAGGACGAUAUUAAGCUCCCAGACAGUUUUGCUAUGGCUUUACAGCGAGAGAAACAUUUCGAGCGCCGUUUGAAAAAGAAUCCACACAUCGAGCAAGUUGUUCGCCAGCAAGUUGAGGCGUACUUAUCGAAGCGCUAUGCGCAUAAAGCUACGCCUGAAGAAUUAGAUUCUGCAGAACCGGGAAGAAUUUGGUACCUCCCGUUAAAUUAUGUCGAGAACCCGAAAAAGCCGGGUAAAGUGAGGUUGGUGUGGGACGCCGCCGCUCAAGCGCAUGGAAUAUCGCUCAAUUCCGUACUUCUACCGGGGCCCGAUCUCCUCACAUCCCUUCCAGCUGUAAUUCAACGAUUCCGAGAGCGAAAGGUUGCUUUCGGAGCGGACCUCCGCGAAAUGUAUCAUCAGAUACGCGUGCGGGAGCAGGACCGCCAAGCCCAACGGUUUCUCUUCCGAAGUAAUCCCAACGUCGAGCCCGAAAUUUAUAUUAUGGAUGUCUGCACGUUCGGGUCGGCGUGUUCCCCUGCCAUGGCUCAGUUCGUGAAGAAACUGAAUGCUACUCAAUUUGUCGACAAGUUUCCCGAAGCCGUUGGCGUUAUUGACAGGCGUCAUUACGUCGACGACUAUUAUGACUGUACCGAUACCGAGGAACAAGCGAUCACCCGAGCGCAGCAAGUGCGAUACAUACACCAGCAAGCAGGCUUCGAAUUCCAUGGCUGGGUUUCGAACCGCAAGUCUGUUCUUCAAGCUCUCGGUGCCCCUUCGACUCCGGAAGUGGCGUUAAGCGACCCCAAAACCAGUGGCACUCAGCGUGUUUUGGGAAUAAUUUGGAAACCGGAAGAAGAUGUUUUUGUUUUUUCUACCGAUGUCCGAACUGAUCUACAUCCAUAUUUCUACAACCAAAUCAGACCAACGAAACGCAUCGCGCUCAGCGGAAUCAUGAGCCUUUUUGAUCAGCUAGGAUUCUUGGCGCCAUUCACUAUUCUCGGGAAGCUCCUACUCCAGGACCUUUGGCGGACCGGGUGUGAAUGGGACCAGUUGAUUGACGACGAUAGCUUCGCAAAAUGGCAACAAUUUACUUCCUUCAUGCCAGCUGUUGGGUCUGUGAAAAUCGAACGCUGUUAUCUGCAAACUUUUUCCCCGGAAGCAUACCGCACUUUAGAAUUGCAUACGUUUGUGGAUGCCUCCGAACAGGCGUAUGGGGCAACAUCUUUCUUUCGCAUUACCGAGGGAAAUAGCUACCGAUGUUCACUAGUCAUGGCGAAAACUAAAGUGAGCCCGCUUAAGCAGUUUUCAAUUCCCAGGAUGGAACUGUGUGCUGCAGUUCUCGGCUCUGCACUUGCUAACAAAAUCGAAUGCGAACACGAUCUGAAGGUGACGAGGCGAGUGUUCUGGUCCGACUCCCGGACAGUGCUAUCUUGGAUUCGCUCCGACCAACGUAAAUAUAAACCGUUCGUUGGAUUUCGUAUCGGAACAAUUUUGCAGAACACAAAAAUCGACGAGUGGCGUUGGGUGCCAACAAAACACAACAUCGCUGACAUCGUGACGAAACCGAGCGCUAGUCUGUUCUUAGAAACUGAUAGUCCCUGGUUUCUAGGCCCAGAUUUUUUGCGAAAAGAUGAGAGCGAGUGGCCAGAGCAACAUUUACCUUCUCCAAACACCACUGAAGAACUUCGUGUUUGCCAUCAACAUCAUACUACGAUAUCUUCUUUUUCUUUUAUUGAUGUCACACGAAUUUCGAAAUGGAAUAUUCUCCUGCGUACCAUAUGCUGUGUGUUUCGUUUCGCUUCAAAUUGUCGACGUAAAGCCAAAAAAGAACCGAUUGAGACAGUUGAAGCUCCAGACUCUACGAAAAGGUUGGUUGUGCGUUUUGUGCCUGGAGUGGUGGUUCCGCUGCAGCAAAGCGAGUAUGAGCGCGCCGAGACAGUGUUGUGGAAAAUGGCUCAACAUCAACACUACUUCGAUGAAUUAGCAACUCUGAAAAAGAACGAGGGACUGCCGAAAGAAAAGUGGCUAAGUAUCGAGAAAACGAGUCCGUUGCAUCGUUUAUUGCCGUUUCUCGAUGACUUGGGUGUACUUCGCGUCGACGGGAGAAUUAGAGAAGCCACUUUUAUUCCGUUUGACACCCGUUUCCCCAUCAUUCUGCCAAGAGAGCAUGCCGUCACAUAUCAUCUUAUCAACUUCUACCAUCAGCGAUACGGCCAUGCUAAUAAGGAGACGGUUUUUAACGAAAUGCGCCAACGAUUCCACAUCUCUAAACUUCGUCCAGUAAUCGAUCGUGUGGGGAAGCAGUGCCAGUGGUGUGCAGUUCGAAAAUCCCGACCGAGACCAGCAAGAAUGGCCCCACUCCCUGUCGAACGUAUCACACCUUAUUUGAAGCCGUUUAGCUAUGUUGGUGUGGACUAUUUUGGGCCGAUCGAGGUGACUGUCGGACGUCGAUCAGAAAAACGUUGGAUUGUGUUAUUCACAUGUCUCUCUGUACGAGCAAUCCAUCUCGAAGUGGCCUAUCGACUGAACACUGAUUCUUGCAUCAUGGCAAUCCGAAGAUUCGUCCUGCGCCGUGGGCCUCCUGUUACAUUCUUCUCCGAUAACGGAACCAAUCUGAAGGCCGCCAGUAAGGAACUGCAAGAACAAAUAAAACGCAUCGACACCGCUUCUGCAAAUGUGUUCACAAAUGCGAGGACCCGUUGGAGCUUCAAUCCGCCAUCCGCCCCACAUAUGGGGGGCAUAUGGGAGCGCAUGGUGCGCUCAACAAAAGCUGCUAUGGCCACGCUGACAUCCGGAAGCCGAAUGACCGACGAGAUUCUGCUCACAGUAAUAACUGAAGCCGAAGAGAUCGUCAAUACUCGGCCCUUAGUCUAUCUGCCGCAGGAUUCGGAUGAGCCCGAAUCGUUGACCCCGAACCAUUUUCUACGAGGUAGCUCUUCGGGCCAACUGGAUCUACCUAUACCUCCGACUGGGGAGGCUGCUGCCUUGAGAAGCUCGUACUGCCGAUCACAGCUGCUUUCCGAUGAACUUUGGAAAAGGUGGCUGAAAGAAUACUUGCCGUCUCUCAACGUCCGUAGCAAAUGGAUUGAAUCGAACGAGCCGCUGAAGAAGGAUGACUUGGUUUUCGUUACCGAUGACCUAUCCCGUAACAGUUGGAUCCGGGGACAAAUCGUGGACGUGAUUCCAGGAAAGGACAACCAGGUGCGCCAGGUGUUGGUUCGUACAUCUUCAGGAGUCUUUCGUCGACCGGUAACAAAACUAGCAGUAAUCGAGGUAGGUUCAUCUAGUAAAUCUGACUCGGAAGCAGGUUCCGGACAAGUUUUACGGGCCGGGGAGUGUUGA